GUCAGGUAAUGACGUUACGGGUAAACAGGUCCUGUAGCCGUGGCAGCAGCUGAGGCCGGCGGGCGAGGCACAGGCUGCCGCAGACCCGGGAGAGAACCGGGCUGCAGGAAUAAGCCCGGGCGGCAGCGUGCCGCCGCUACGGGGUUGGCAGGUCUUCAGGCUGUUUCAGUGACCUCACACUCUUGUCCGUGCUGUUUUCUCUGCCCGGGAAGCCUUUCCCUAGCCUCCUCACUUGCUAAACUAUGUGCUCCUCCAGGGCGGGCACCAUGUCGCCCUCAUCCUUGUACCCCCCGCAUCUAGCAGUGUUGGCAUGUAGUAGGCACUCAAGAAAUGUGUGUUGAACGAACGAUGCCCGUGACAAGCAACUGGACUUUAUUCUUUCCUGACCCUUGCUCCUAUGACACACCUCCCGGCUGCCACUAGCACCCCUUCAGAGCAGAGCUUCUCUAGGGAAGCCGGAAGGGAAACAGCUAUGGCCAAGGAUAUCCUGGGGGAAGCUGGGCUGCACUUUGACGAGCUGAACAAGCUGCGCGUGUUGGACCCUGAGGUUACCCAGCAGACCAUUGAGCUCAAGGAAGAAUGCAAGGACUUUGUGGACAAAAUUGGCCAGUUUCAGAAAAUAGUUGGCGGUUUAAUUGAGCUUGUUGACCAGCUUGCAAAAGAAGCAGAAAAUGAGAAGAUGAAGGCCAUUGGUGCUCGGAACUUGCUCAAAUCUAUAGCAAAACAGAGAGAAGCCCAACAGCAGCAACUCCAAGCACUAAUAGCGGAAAAGAAAAUGCAGCUUGAAAGGUAUCGGGUUGAAUAUGAAGCUCUGUGUAAAGUAGAAGCAGAACAAAAUGAAUUUAUUGACCAAUUUAUUUUUCAGAAAUGAACUGAAAAUUUUAUAGGAGGGCAAAAAACCAAACCAAACCC